CAGUCACACUACCAAGGAUUGUUGUUUCUAGGCUGUGUGCUAUGUGCUCAGUCACAUAUGCUUAGUAAUAUUGUCUACAUAAGAUUAGUUCACAACCUCGGUGUCGUUUUCAUUCAAACCAUGGAAUAAUUGUUUUCUGUUAUUUUGCCGAAUGACCCGUGGUUUCAUAUCUCUAUCUGCUCGGUAGCUCUUGUUCAGCGAGAUUUGAUCAAAUUAGACGGAGACCGUGGACAAGAAUACAACUGUUUGUACACCACCAAGGAGCUGACUUGCAGACCGCGUGAGAAUCGUAAUCCUAUCGCACUAACGGGUGAGCUGGGAGAAGAGCUGGAUCCAUUUCGACCUCAUGGUGGUCAUCCGCGCAACCGAAUGGACACUGCACCCAAACGAGAUCCGAUUGCGGGGACGGGAGAAUUUGGUCGCGAAUGGGACCCAAUAUAUCAGUACAACGGCAGGUCACGGAGCAGUCAUUUACAUACAGCUCCAACCGAUCCAAUCACACACAACCUUCCGGGCAAUAGCUUCCAAACCACCCAUAUGAAGAAGCAAUACAACGAACGAUGGAUUUCCCGUGACCCGAUUCUGCAUCAUUAUGACGAAGCUGCCUCCAAAUCAUUCAAUCGUUCCGCGGAGAUGCGGCAUUUCCCACAAAGAAACAGAUACUUCCAACCACAGCGACGAAUCGUUGAACUGAUCAUUUGGACGUUCAUUUCUUGUACCCCAGCAUUCGAUCCGAUCACCAACUUGCCCUCUCCUCACGCCCCCAAGGAGGAGCGUCGUAUGGAAGGUACGUCCAAGAAGGGAGAUUCGAUUAACGCUGUCACCAUCCAAAUGGCUAAUAACUCCAUCAAUGCCACCGAUGGUUGGUUACGACAUCACAGUGGACGCGGCCGUGGAUUAUACAGUUCUCAAAGAGUACACCGCAACCCCAUCACUGGUGAAGGUAUGAAAGAAGAGGAUUACUCUGACAGCGUGACGUUUUCUAGGCAGUAUGUCCUCAAGAAUCGACAAAGACGGCUCAGUCACACCCAAUCACCACAGAGAAUUCAACAACCAGACAGCGAAAAGGUGGUCAACAAACCAAUCCCUAGAACCCAACAGACCACACGAAUGCUAGAACCGAAAAAACGAUUACCUGUGGAAAGAACUGACAGGAAACCGAAUCCUACAGAAACAACGGAUAGAACAGUCGAUAAGACUCCAGAGAAGAAAGUAGUUCGACCUAAACGCAUGCCAACGCAACCAACGGCAGUGACCGAAAAUGGAGCAAACGAGAAUGGAGAACUUAAGGUUCAGACACCACCUAACCAGACUGAGGUGGAACCAGCGCAGCCGUUUGAGAUAUCUGAGCCAGCCGGUCUGGUAGAAGAAGUACACAAGCCAGAAAUGGUUGGCAACCAUGAGGAGCAAUCGGCAGCACCAGCACAAAGCGUCGUACAUGCAGAACAAGACGAACCAGAUUCUCAACAUGAUGACGUAUUCGACACCGAAAGUAGUUCUUAAUGCGAUCUAUUCUUUAUAAUCCUACAAAAGAGGAGCAUUCUCAUACACAUUUCUAUGAUUAAGAGGAUAUGUCUAGAAGCCUCUAUUCGCGAUUUCGCUGUCCAGUAUUGUUCUCCAUGGUAUCACAGUGACUUGGUGACGGACUGCAAAAAAGCAUGAACAAUGCUGGAAGUUUUGAUGUUUUGAAAUUUUAAACAUGAGAAUGGCUUAUUAUUUACAGAUCAAGUGGUUCUACUCGUUAGUCUUCUGUGCAGCUUGUUUCGCCGACUAGACAGCCAUACACACUUUGUCUUACCUGAAAACAAGUCUCAUAAAUAGCACAGGAAACCCAUGUUCAUUUAUUUCGAAGAAAAAACAUUCAAACAUGAAACUUGGCGGACAGAUGCUUGCAAGAAUUAUUAGAUAUAUUGUACCGGGCAGACUAAUGGUGAAAUGGCAAUAGGUUGCAAUGGAACUAGCAAAAAGACCGUUUUAUUAAACAAUCAUGUUCUUUCCACGGUGCUGCGACUCAUGAGCACUGGGUCUGUUCUCAGGACCGUAGACUGCAUGAAUUGCAUCUAAAACAAAAGAACGAGAUGAGAAUAAACGGAAAAUUUGAACGUGCACCAGUGAGAGACGUUCACACACUCAUUACACCUCAGUGUAUUGUAAACGAAUCGAGGACAGACGCAAAAAGUCCUCUCCAUAAACGACAGACACUAAAAGUCCAAGUAAUUGUAAACGAUCCACAGCAUCUACCCUCAAAUCUUGUCCGAUUGCUUCGGUGUCUGUCUUCUGGAACAAGCGGAAAAGGUUCAAAACUAUCUUGGAUUGUCUUGGUUCCACUCAUGAAACUACCAAUUCAUGUGAACCACAAGAAAACCAUAUAGCAGCGUGUGGUUGGAGAUGUUCCGCUAUUUUUUAUUUGGGAGAGGUAACUGUCCAGAACGCAGACAGGGUUUCCAUCACGAGAUAUCACCAAAAGA